GGUAGCUGGCGACAUCUAGAAAGUGGUCAACUUGUGUGUAGCGUCCCCAGCAUUUGGCUGCAAAAUAUCUGUUCCGAGGUAAAAAAAUAUCGUCCGGCGCCAUCGGGAUUUCUCACGCAUCCCUGCUUGAGCUUUCGUCGCUUUCCUCUCGGUGUUUUCGGCCAGCGCAUCUGUCGCCCGGCGCACCUUGUUACCGUCUUCUGCAUUUGUAGCCACGUGCAACUGUCAAGAUGCCACCCCGAGGACGAGGCCGAGGUGGCAGUCGUGGUGGUGGGGGCCACAAGGGACAGCGGCGCCACUUCACCAACCUGGAAGAGCUCGAGAGGGAGAAGGAAAAGGAGGAGAGGAAUCGCCAGUGGAGGGCUCAGCGGGGAGAGGGCAACGAUGACGAGAGUGGCUCGGGCAAAAGCAGCAGCAGCAGCUCGGAGGAGGAGAGCUCAAGUGACGAGUCUGGGGAUGAGGGAGGCGGUGGCGAGGAGCAGGCCAAGGCUAAGGGUGUGGAGCACCUGAUUGAGGUGCAGAACCCAAACAGAGUCGAGAAGAAGCCCAAGAAGGUAGCCGAGCUGAACGAGAUCAUGGAAGAGGCACCACAGCUUUCGCGGAGGGAGCGGGAGGAACUGGAGAAGCAGCGUGCCAAGCAGCACUACCAGAAGAUGCAUGCAGCGGGCAAGACUGAAGAGGCCCGGGCCGACCUUGCGCGCCUCGCCCUCAUCCGCAAGCAGCGCGAGGAGCAAGCGCGGAAAAAAGAGGAGGAACUCAAAGCAAAAGAGGCCGAGCGGAAGGCGAAGGCAGAGAGCAUCAACAGAGCACUAGGGAAGAAGACGUGACCACAGCUGCAACUGCUAUUCUAUAAACUUGCCCUCUUUUAAAUAUGUUUUCUGCUGUUACGAAAGAUGCUCCUUUGCUAUCCCAUCUCUGUGUGUCGCUCCCCUCUCUCACUGUUGUGAGCUCUCCUUAGAACUCUGCGUGUCAGUUUGUUUUGAUGAAAGUGCUCAUCACUUAAGUAAGCUUCUUGUGUCAUUGGCCACAUUUCACAUGCUAAACCCAGAUUUGGCAUAGCUCGAAAACCUUGGCUCAGAGUGUGAGCCCUGAACUCAUCUGUAUUUGGAAGUGAUGUAUGUGAAAAAUGAUGUAACAGGAUUGAAAGAAUUUUGAGAUUUCAGGGACAAAUUCUGUAAGUUUGCGCACAAUAAAAGAGUGAUUUCGCUGUUAUGCCAA